CACUAUUUCAAGAAAUAAACAAACUUGAAAAACAGUUGGAACGUGUCCAGAAAAGAAUAUUGAUUCUCAGGAUGGAUUGUGAUAACAGUAAACCUAAGCCUAAUGAGGACGAACAACACAAAGACGCCGGCUCAGCACAAUACGGAAAUUUCAUCAACUAUUAUCAAUUCAAUUCAGCGGAGAAGCGUAUAGAUUUGCUACCUGAUUCCAUUUGGAAACGCAGUUCGUCUGGUUCUUCUCCUAUCAACGACAACAGAUAUAUCGUACUGGAUAUCGGAUGCAAUGCUGGUAACUUAACUCAAAUCCUCUAUGAAUACCUGGUACAACACACCGGACAGAAUGUACACAUCCUAGGAAUAGACAUCGAUCCCCUACUGAUCGACCGAUGCAUACAACACAAUCAGCACGGAGCUAAUGUCAAAUAUGAAUGUUGGAAUAUCAUGGAACACAGCCGAGAAGACAGUCUCACCGAUUACCUGAAGCAAUUUGGCCGAACUCGCUUCGAUGCAGUCUUUUCUCUGUCGUUGACAAUGUGGAUUCAUCUCAACAAUGGUGAUUCUGGCCUGCAAUCCUUUUUGGAGAAAAUAAGCAAUCUGGGAAACUUGCUGGUAGUGGAACCACAACCGUGGAAAUGCUACUUAACCGCCAUGAAGAGAAUGCGUCGAUCUGGGAAAACGUUCGAACGGUUCAAAGAGCUGACGGUGAGAAAUGAUGUGGAAGAAUGGAUUCAAUCGACACUGGUAAGGGAUGACGUGUUUAGAGUGAUUUUUCAAACAACACCGACUCAGUGGAACCGAAAGAUAUGUUUUUAUGAACGAAUAAACGAAAGAUAGCAGAGAAUCGAUCUGUGUGUCGCUAAAUUUA